GCCUUAUUUGGAGGAUGACGUAGCUGGUCAGCUCAAACCUCUGUGGCGGUGCGAACCUGUCACCCAUACGAAGAAGCGGAGAGAGAGGUAGAGAGAGAGAGAGGUAGAGAGAGAGGUAGAGAGAGAGAGAGGUAGAGAGAGAGGUAGAGAGAGAGAGAGAGAGAGAGAGAGAGAGAAGCUUUUUACCAGCACCGCAGUCAUCCUCUCUCUGGUAAUAUUCUCAAACGCCUCUACUCCUUGUUAGUAUUAGCACUGCCAGUAGCUGCAGUGUGUCCUCCGGUAGCGGUGCUGUUUCUGCCCCUGCCCCCAAGCCUGUCUCCCCCACCCCUCGGAGCAUCAGUAGUAUAGCCAUGGUGGACGUCAGCAAAUGGCCCCUCUUUACACUCAUGAGUGCGCAGGAGAUUGCCUCAAUACGACAGGCGUGUGUCUUUGGAACGUCUGCUAACGAGGCCAUCUACAUCACCCAUGAUGAUGAGGUGUACGUGUUUGGGCUGAACUGCAGUAACUGUUUGGGCACAGGGGACAGUCAGAGCACCAUCGUCCCCAAAAAACUGGAUUGCCUGAGUGGGAAGAAGGUGGUCAGUCUCAGCUAUGGCAGUGGGCCUCAUGUUCUACUUGCUACAGAUGAGGGAGAGCUAUUUGCUUGGGGACAUAACGGGUACAGUCAGCUUGGUAAUGGAACAACCAAUCAGGGAGUGUCUCCUGUGCUGGUGUCCACUAACCUGCAAAACAAGAGGGUGAUUGAGGUGGCCUGUGGGUCGCACCACUCGUUGGCUCUGAGCCAUGAUGGGGAGGUGUUCGCCUGGGGGUACAACAACUGUGGUCAGGUGGGCUCAGGCUCCACUGCCAACCAGCCCACACCACGUAAAGUCUCCAACUGCCUCCAGAACAAAGCAGUGGUCAGCAUAGCCUGUGGCCAGACCUCCUCCAUGGCUGUGUCAGACAAUGGGGAGGUGUAUGGUUGGGGUUAUAAUGGUAAUGGACAGCUUGGGUUGGGAAAUAAUGGGAACCAGCUCACUCCAUGCCGUCUAGCAGCGCUACAGGGUCUGUGUGUUCUGCAGAUUGCGUCUGGUUACGCCCACUCGCUGGCACUAACAGAUGAGGGGCUUCUGUACGCUUGGGGAGCCAACACUUAUGGUCAGCUUGGUACAGGCAACAAGAGCAACCAGAUGAGUCCCGUUCAGGUCAUGGCCGAGAAAGAGAGGAUUGUGGAGAUAGCUGCCUGCCACUCCACACACACCUCCGCAGCAAAGACCCAGAGCGGUCAGGUGUAUAUGUGGGGUCAGUGUAGAGGCCAGUCCAUCGUCCUGCCCCACCUCACACACUUCUCCUGCACGGACGACGUUUUCGCCUGCUUUGCAACGCCUUCAGUCAUGUGGAGACUGCUGUCAGUAGAGCAUGAUGACUUCCUGACAGUGGCCCAGUCUCUGAAGAAAGAGUUCGACAGCCCUGAGACUUCAGACCUCAAGUUCAGCGUAGAUGGCAAAUUUAUUCACGUCCACAAAGCAGUGCUCAAAAUCAGGUGUGAACACUUCCGGUCCAUGUUUCAGUCCCACUGGAAUGAGGAUAUGAAAGAGGUCAUAGAGAUCGAUCAGUUCUCAUACCCUGUCUACCGCUCUUUCCUUGAGUUCCUCUACACAGACACGGUGGAUCUUCCUCCAGAAGAUGCCAUCGGACUGCUGGAUCUGGCAACCUCUUACUGUGAGAACAGGCUGAAGCGGCUAUGUCAGCACAUCAUUAAGCGAGGCAUUACUGUAGAGAAUGCCUUCUCCCUGCUGUCUGCUGCAGUUAGAUACGAUGCUGAGGAUCUGGAGGAAUUCUGUUUCAAGUUCUGCGUGAACCACCUGACCGAGGUCACCCAGACAGCAGCAUUCUGGCAGAUUGAUGGGAACAUGUUGAAGGAGUUUAUCUGCAGAGCCAGCCGCUGUGGAGCCUUCAAAAACUGACGCUGCGGCCUCAGGCCAGCACCCUGUGCGCACAUGCAAAGGAUUAUUAGCCAAGAAGCCCAUCUGUUACUGCAGGCAGUCAUCCAGACCACUAGAAGGCGCUGUUGGUUAUUGAAGUUGGUCAAUCUUCAAGGCAGAAGAUUCUUCAAGGGCUUUGUUGAUUUGCAGGACAGACCUAGACCAAGUGGACUCCAGGUCAUUCCAGUGGCAUCAGUUACGCAGUGCCGAUUUCUAUGAAGUCACCUGCCGUGUUUAUCUUGCUAAUUUUCCGUCUAAGCAAUGGGAAAGAUUCAACAAACAUGCAUUCAUGAAUCCAUAGGUAUAUUCAGUGCAAGUUUAGGAAUUCUGGCACAUUUGUCCCCUAGAGAUUUUGGCACUUGAUGUCUUUUGCCAGUUAGGAUCUCUAUGUCUUACUUUAGAGCCCAUCUGUUACUGAGAUCUGUCUCCUAAGUAACUGUGUUACUCAUGAAUAAUUGGUAGCCAUAGAGCUGAUCUGUUACUUUAUAUGCUGUUUACACUGUUUCAAUUCACAAAUCAAAUAUUGGAGACAUAAAUAUAAUAAUGUUACAUCCUAACACUGCUGCUGGUGUAGUCUGCACUGUGGUGGUAACUGAGGUGGUAGGAUUAUAUAGCUUUGGUGUGCAUCAUUGAAAGCACUUACAUGAACAUUUGUUACUUUUCUCUCCUUCUUUCAUCUGUCAGUGUUAGAGAGGUGAAUUACUGGUUUUCUGGGUUGGUGCAGUGCAUUCAUCUUUUAAGGAACAAGGUGUAAUUGCAGGUAUUAGCAAAUAUACUGGCACAUACCAAUGUGCAACCCCAUUAGAUACACCUUCUCAUUUUAGCUGCUCAAACACUGCUCAUAAUCCAACAUUGACCAUGUCUUAAACUUCUAAAUGAUCUAUUCCUUUGUGGAAAAAACACUUUAAAUUUGCUAUUUUGCUUUUUAGGUGGCUGGCAGUUCACUUUUGCACUUUCCUUAGAACAUAUAUGAAUAUUUUUAUUUUGUUAUUGUUUACGUGUUCGUCUGCGACGUGUCACUGAGGACUCACCACUGAAAAUUGUUUGUGUAAAAUCAGACUUGGAUUUGCAUCCAGACAAUUAGCCAGAUGCAGAAAGGCCUCAUGCUUGGCUUCUGUGGAUUAUCAAGAGAAAUGUAGUCAAAGCUGUCAAAACAGCUGCUUCUAUUUACUCAGUUACUCAGUAAAGACUCUUGUCCAUUUCCAGUAGUUACAUGGAAGUUCAGAGGUUUAGAUUUUCAUUUUGUAUGACUUUAGUUUUGUCCUGUCUGAGUAAUUUUGUAUGUACACACAAAUGCCCCUCUGAAUUUUUGACUGGUCACAUGUAGAAGCAAAGUGUGUGAAAUGUAUGUUAAAGGAGUGUAUAUAUUGUAUAGUUUUUGCAUUACAUCUGAGAAAUGAUUUAUCUACUUAAACAGGCAUCAGUAUUGUAUAAUAUCAUGUGAUGAAAAUAAAGCUUUUCUUUACAGUUUGGGUAAA